AUGGCGAUAAUUGCAUUUUGUUUGAAUCCUAAUAGCCCAGGUGCUAAACGCUUAGUUCAACUUUCACUUGAAAAUAAUGAUCUUCAAUUAUUUGUUAGGCAAUUAAAUUUAACUGAUAAUGAUUCUAUUAAGACUGGUGUCACUUUUGUUACUGAUCUACUUCAACAAAAUGUUGAUAUAAUUGACCAACACAAUGAAACAGUUGUUUUAAAUUAUGAACUACAUGCAUUGGUCAACAACGCAGCACGAAUGGUGAUGGCGGAAUAUGAAUGGAAAACUUCAAAAAUGAUAAAAGAGCAAUUUGAAGUUAAUAUUUUAGGUCCAAUUAAGUUAACUGCUAUGUUAUUGCCUACAUUUCGCAAAGAUAAAAGUAAAAAUGUCAAUGAUAUUAGUCAUUGUGCAUAUCUCCCACUUCCCGGAGUAUCUAUUUAUGGUGCUACAAAAGCAGUCGUGAGUGCAUGGACACUUGGAACCAGAGUUGAACUUGAUAUUCAUGGCAUAAAAAUGAUUACAUUUUCACCAGGAUCGUUUUAUCUUCAUUCCUCCAUUAUGAAUGGCGAACAAAGAAAUAUUUAUUAUAAAAAAAUGUGCAAUAAUAUGAAUAAGGAGCAAUUAGAUUAUUUUGGUGCUUUUAUGUAUGCCUAUCAAAAUUACUUGUGUAAUAUUGAUGUACAUAUUAGUCCUCCAGAAACAACCAUUCCAAGCACUAAUAAAAUAUACUGUCAAAUGGAUAAUGCACUAUGGGCAGUCCAACCCAAAGCUGAGUAUAAUGUACCUGAACCUUGGCGAUAUAGAAUCUAUUUUUCUGUAGCUUGGACUCUGUCAUCAUUAGGCUUACAUAAUUUUAGAGAUAAGGUUGUACGUCAAUUUGUGGCUAUACACCACAGUUUAAUAAUAAUAUUUCAAGUCAAGUUGAAAAUGCCCAAUAAACAGGAUUUUGAACAAAUAAACCCAUAUUAUAAUAAAUGUUAUAUAAGUCCUAAACCCUACUGA